AUGGAAGAUGAAACAGAGACUUUCUUGACAAAGAACAAUGCAAUUUCAGGGUACUCGAUUCCUGAAGGAGUUGUUGAGUUGAAGAAUUUGAGGUCAUUUUUCACAUGGGUUUGUCUAGAUCAAUCCAAUCUAUGGAGAGCUUGUCUCUCAUGGUCAAUCUUCUUUCUUCUAACCAUUGGUGUUCCUCUUCUCUCCCACUUUAUCUUUUCUUGCUCAAGCUGUGAUUCAAAGCAUCGCAAGCCUUAUGAUGCAAUUGUCCAAUUGUCUCUCUCAGUUUUCGCCACGCUUUCAUUCAUCACUCUCUCUUCAUUUGCUCGUAAUUAUGGAUUUCGGAGAUUUAUGUUCCUCAAUGGAUUAUGUGAUGUGAGUGAGAAUGUUCGAAAAGGAUAUAAACAGCAGUUCCAUAGAUCAAUGAAGCUCCUGUCUGCUUUAGUCCUCCCCUGUUUUGUCACGGAUUGUGCCUACAAGAUAUGGUGGUUCGUCUCAGGAGGUGCCCAAAUUCCCUACUUUGGUAACAUCUAUGCGAGCAACACCAUUGCCUGCACAUUGCAGCUGUUUUCGUGGCUAUACCGGACUUCAAUUUUCUUCCUCGUGUGUGUUCUCUUCCGGCUCACAUGCUACCUGCAGAUACUUAGACUAGACGACUUUGCUCAGGCCUUUGAAAAAGAAUCUGAUGUGGGUUCAAUCUUGAUUGAACACCUCAAGAUUCGAAGAAAUCUUCGGAUCAUAAGCCAUAGAUUUCGAGUAUUUAUUCUAUUGACUAUAAUCUUUGUCACAGCAAGUCAGCUUGCUUCCCUGCUUGUUACAACCGAGUCUGGAGAUAUAAUCAAUAUUUUCAGAGCUGGAGAACUUGCAUUAUGUUCCAUCACAAUGGUGACCGGACUAUUCAUUUGUUUGCGUAGUGAAACGAAGAUCACACACAAAGCACAGUCUGUGACAUGCCUUGCAGCGAAAUGGCAUGUCUGCGCGACAAUCGACUCUUUCUACGAUUUGGACAAUGAGAGUCCAAGAGCUCAGGUUUCUCCAUCCGCCACAUAUCCUGUCAAUGGUAAUUGCCAUGAAUCUGAUAAUGAAGAAGGAGAUGGAGAUGACAUUCUGGAUAACACAAAUAUGGUGCCAAUUUAUGCAAAUGCUAUCUCAUACCAGAAAAGGCAAGCUCUAGUGACAUAUUUUAAGAACAAUAGAGCUGGGAUUACGGUGUUCGGAUUCAUGCUAGACAGGACAUGGCUCCAUACCAUUUUUGUGAUUCAGUUGUCUCUUACUCUUAAGUUUCUCAACAAGACGAACUUCUUUUUUUCUUUUGCCACUGUUGAUAGACAUGAUUGGCCAGAGAGCCAUCACUUAUUAGCUUUUCAAUGA